UGUGUGUGUAAGUGAAUGUGGGACUGGCUGAUCCUAUAUGAGCUCACAGCCUACCCUGGGAAAUAAAGGGAAGCUCCACCUCCCUCCUGCAACACACACAUUCCCAACAACACCCACAGCCCUACAGCUCCCAAGAUGACCGACAAUAUCCCUUUACAGCCUGUCAGGCGGAAGAAACGAGCAGACAGCAAACACAAGAAAGGAUGUUGCCCAUGUGUGGGAUGCUGCGGUCGUCGGGAGCCAAGGCCAAGGACCGUCUGGCUUGGGCACCCAGAGAAAAGGGAACAGAGAUACCCCAAAAACGUUAUCAACAACCAAAAAUACAACUUCUUCACGUUCCUACCAGGGAUCCUUUACAACCAGUUCAAAUACUUUUUCAACCUAUAUUUCCUUAUUCUGGCCUGUACCCAGUUUGUACCAGAAAUGCGCCUUGGCCCUCUUUAUACUUUUUGGGUCCCACUGGGAUUUGUCUUAUUGGUCACUAUCAUUCGGGAAGCAGUGGAGGAGAUCCGAUGUUUUGUACGUGACAAGGAAGUAAACUCACAAAUCUACAGCAAGCUCACAAACAGAGGUACGGUAAAAGUCAGAAGUUCGAAUAUUCAAGUUGGAGAUCUCGUUAUUGUGGAAAAGAAUCAGAGAAUUCCUGCUGACAUGAUCUUCCUGAGGACAUCAGAAAAGAACGGGUCCUGCUUUCUUCGCACAGACCAACUGGAUGGAGAGACGGACUGGAAGCUGCGUUUACCUGUAGCCUGCACACAAAGGUUGCCCACAGCUGCUGACCUUUUACAAAUCCGGUCUUACGUUUAUGCGGAAGAACCAAAUAUUGACAUUCAUAAUUUUGCUGGAACUUUCACACGGGAGGAUAGCGACCCUCCAGCGAAUGAAAGUUUAAGCAUUGAAAACACCUUAUGGGCGAGCACUGUCAUUGCUUCAGGUACAGUCGUAGGCGUGGUUGUUUAUACGGGCCGGGAGCAACGCAGUGUCAUGAAUACCUCAAACCCAAGGAGCAAGAUUGGGCUCUUUGAUUUGGAGUUGAAUUGUCUCACCAAAAUUCUGUUCAGCGCUCUGAUUGUGGUAUCGCUUGUCAUGGUGGCACUCCAGCAUUUUGCAGGCCGCUGGUACCUGCAGAUCAUCCGGUUCCUCCUGCUUUUUUCAAGCAUUAUUCCAAUCAGUUUGAGAGUAAACCUGGACAUGGGGAAGAUCGUUUACAGUUGGCUGAUCCGUAGAGAUUCCAAGAUUCCAGGCACCGUGGUCAGAGCCAGCACCAUUCCAGAGCAGCUGGGGCGCAUCUCCUACUUACUUACAGAUAAAACUGGGACCCUUACUCAGAAUGAGAUGGUGUUCAAGCGUCUCCACCUGGGUACAGUCGCUUAUGGCACAGACUCUAUGGAUGAAGUACAGAGUCACAUCUUCAGUGUAUACACACAGCCAGCACAGGACCCUCCUUCCCAAAAAGGCAUGUCCACCAAAGUACGGAAAACCAUGAGCAGUCGUGUGUACGAGGCAGUGAAAGCCAUUGCUCUUUGCCACAACGUGACGCCUUCUUAUGAGUCCAAUGGAGUGACCGACCAAGCAGAGGCAGAAAGGCAAUUUGAAGAUUCCUGUAGGGUGUAUCAGGCCUCCAGCCCCGAUGAGGUGGCCCUGGUACAGUGGACCGAAAGUGUUGGAUUGUCAUUGGUUGGUCGAGAUCAAUCUUCUAUGCAGCUGAGGACACCUAGUGGGCAGAUACUGAACUUCACAAUCCUGCAGAUCUUUCCAUUCACCUACGAAAGCAAACGCAUGGGCAUUAUCGUGAGAGAGGAUUCUACUGGGGAGAUUACCUUCUACAUGAAAGGAGCCGACGUGGUGAUGGCGGGCAUUGUACAGUAUAAUGAUUGGCUGGAAGAAGAGUGUGGGAAUAUGGCUCGAGAAGGGUUAAGGGUUCUCGUUGUAGCCAAAAAGUCAUUGACCGAGGAGCAAUAUCAAGAUUUUGAGGCUAGGUAUGUUCAGGCAAAGCUGAGUGUCCAUGACCGUUCCCUCAAAGUUGCAACAGUGAUAGAGAGCUUGGAGAUGGAGAUGGAGCUACUGUGUCUAACCGGAGUGGAAGACCAAUUGCAAGCGGACGUACGGCCUACCCUUGAGAUACUAAGGAAUGCCGGCAUGAAGGUCUGGAUGUUAACGGGAGACAAACUAGAGACUGCUACUUGUACAGCAAAAAAUGCACAUCUGGUGACAAGGAACCAGGAUAUUCAUGUUUUCCGAACUGUAACAAACCGAGGAGAAGCCCACCUGGAACUAAAUGCAUUUCGGAGAAAGCACGACUGUGCAUUAGUUAUAUCCGGUGACUCCUUAGAGGUAUGCCUGAAAUAUUACGAGUACGAGUUUAUGGAGCUUGCGUGUCAGUGUCCCGCUGUUGUGUGCUGUCGCUGCGCCCCCACCCAAAAGGCUCAGAUUGUCCGGCUGUUACAGGAAAGGACAGGAAAACUCACCUGCGCUGUUGGAGAUGGAGGUAAUGACGUGAGCAUGAUCCAAGAGGCCGACUGUGGAGUUGGAGUUGAAGGCAAGGAAGGGAAGCAGGCAUCUCUAGCUGCCGAUUUCUCCGUCACGCAGUUUAAGCAUUUGGGCAGGCUGCUCAUGGUGCACGGACGCAACAGCUACAAGAGAUCAGCAGGACUGAGCCAGUUUGUCAUUCACAGGAGCCUGUGCAUCAGUACAAUGCAGGCCGUCUUCUCAUCGGUAUUUUACUUUGCCUCCGUCCCGUUGUACCAAGGAUUCCUUAUUAUUGGAUAUUCAACAAUCUAUACAAUGUUCCCAGUUUUUUCUCUGGUCUUGGAUAAAGAUGUGAAAUCAGAAGUCGCGAUGUUGUAUCCAGAACUCUAUAAGGACCUGCUCAAAGGCCGACCUUUGUCAUAUAAAACGUUUCUCAUUUGGGUUUUGAUCAGUAUCUAUCAAGGAAGUAUCAUCAUGUAUGGGGCGUUACUUCUGUUCGAGUCAGAGUUUGUCCACAUUGUGGCGAUUUCCUUCACGUCUCUAAUCCUCACAGAGCUUCUCAUGGUGGCCCUGACCAUCCAGACGUGGCACUGGUUAAUGAUGGUAGCCGAGCUCCUCAGUCUGUCCUGCUACGUGGCCUCUUUGGUCUUCUUGCAUGAAUUCAUAGAUGUCUACUUCAUUGCUACAUUGUCAUUCCUCUGGAAAGUGACCUCCAUCACAUUGGUAAGUUGUCUGCCCCUCUACGUCCUCAAGUAUCUGAGAAGGAAAUUCUCUCCUCCAAAUUACUCCAAGCUGACAUCCUAGACUCUUUCCUGCCGAAACUGUAACGGUUGGACAGUGAAUAUGUCAAGAAUAAUUUGCCAACUUAGUUGGAUCAUCGUGUGGAUUGUGCUGUUAGCCGAUAUUCAAUGCUGCUUUUAUGAACAAAAGGGAUAUUGGGCAUUGGAACAGAAGGUCAGUCAGUGAUAAACAAUCAUUCCUUCUCAGAAGAAAGAAGAGGAUCCAGGGAUUUGUUUCUGGAGCUCAUUCAACGAAGCCUUCAGACUCUGGCUGAUCAAUUGGAGGCAUGACUUGUUAAGCAUUAUAUUGUUUCUGGUGUCGAUUCUUCCAGUGAUCCUUUAUGUCUGAGAAGGGAAAUAUUUGUGAAAAAUAGAACAAGAUGAACACUAAACCAAUUUUUUGACAUUUCACAGCCCCCCACACCCUUGGAAAUGUCACUAGUUAAAGACCAUCAUCCAUUGAAAUACAUGGUGGCCUUAUAGAGAUACAUUUCCCUUGGGUUUCCAUUGGCUGCCGGAGCUUAAAUGCGAGGAAGGGAACAUUAUGCUAUUCAACAACUAAUAACUUUUUUUUAUCAAUUAUAUUAAUGUGCAGUAAUUUAUUACUUUGGCAAUCUAUUGUAACACAAUAUGCCACUCGAUUAACCAAUAUAGAUCUCACAAGUGUAAAAGGGAUAGUAGCUUUUACUUAAAAAUCUGUGCAGCAGAUAGCACAGCCAUGCAGUCGUCUUGUUAUUCAGCAAUAACAGGCCAGGGGCUGGAGAAAUAAUUGAUCAUUAUAGAAAUGUGAAUGAUCCACACAUUCAUGUUGGCUUUAAAGAGUUUGUAGUUGUAUAGAAUAAUGGCAACUGUUUAGCUGGGGCUAGUUACCCAUAGCAACCAAUGAGCAGCUAGAAUAAGUAGAGGUUUGUGGAUAUCGAGGGCUUGAUUUAACUUAGCAACCAUGGAAUUUUGAUGGGACUUGAGUAGAUCCAUACUUGAAUCUGCCCCAGGCACCCCAAGCUGUGGAGAUUUGCAUGAUACACUGAAAGUCAUUUUUUAUGUGUUGGGUCUAGAUUUUUUUUAGUCUUUAUAAAUAUGGAGCUUCUUUAGAUAAUUUAGCAUUGACAUGGUUGGUUAGAAGGAAGCUAAAGAUAUGUCUGGACCUAAAACAGCAUUAUAUUAGGGGUGGCAUGCUUCCCAGGCGCAUCUGCAAUGGCAGGAGCAGGUGGACUGUCAGUCAUGAGUGGUAGUGGGUAAUUAGUACAAGAAGAAUAAAAGGUUUAGGACACACUAGAAAGCCA